UGUAAAGCUGAGACCGGCUCAGGGAGAUCUGAACACUUCGCCCAGGUGAGCGGUGCUGCGACUGUCGUCCUGGGGCCGCUAUGAGCUGCACCAUCGAGAAGAUUCUGACAGACGCUAAGACUCUACUGGAGAGGCUGCGGGAGCACGAUGCGGCCGCCGAGUCGCUAGUGGAUCAAUCAGCGGCGCUGCACCGGCGGGUGGCCGCUAUGCGGGAGGCGGGGACAGCGCUUCCGGACCAGUAUCAAGAGGAUGCAUCCGAUAUAAAGGACAUGUCCAAAUACAAACCUCACAUUCUGCUGUCCCAAGAGAAUACACAGAUUAGAGACUUGCAGCAGGAAAACAGAGAGCUAUGGGUUUCCUUGGAGGAACACCAGGAUGCUUUGGAACUCAUCAUGAGCAAAUACCGGAAACAGAUGUUACAAUUAAUGGUUGCUAAAAAAGCAGUGGAUGCUGAACCAGUCCUGAAAGCUCACCAGUCUCACUCUGCAGAAAUUGAGAGUCAGAUUGACAGAAUCUGUGAAAUGGGAGAAGUGAUGAGGAAAGCAGUUCAAAUGGAUGAUGAUCAAUUUUGUAAGAUUCAGGAAAAACUAGCACAAUUAGAGCUUGAAAAUAAGGAACUUCGAGAAUUAUUGUCCAUCAGUAGUGAGUCUCUUCGGCUCAGGAAGGAAAACUCAAUGGACACUGCUUCCCAAGCCAUCAAAUAAUUCAACUUCUGAAUGACAGCUAGAGAUUGUUUAUCGAGGAAGGAAGUUAUUAUCUCUCUAUUCGAGUAUUGUCCAUUCAGUGUCUUGCCUCAGACUUGAUUUAACGUUGAUUAAAUGUAUCAAGUGGCAGUUUAGAAUUCGCAGUCAAAAGUGGCUGUCCACGAAACAGUUUUGGGGUAUGUUAGUGAAAAUACUCACUAAAAUACACUGAGUUUCACCAUUCCUUUCUCUAAGAGGCUACUUUUAAUUUUCAUUUCUGGGACCUCAAUUUAUAUGAACUGUUUUCAGUUCAUUUUUCUUCUUUCAUAUCUCUGAAACUUAGAGCAUUUUAUUAUAAACCAGCAAUUUUAUUUUAUAUAGGAUUGUAAAUUGCAAUUCUUAAAAAUUUAAAAGAGAUUAGCUUUUUCAAUCUAUUUGGCAUAAACUUGGAUUUGUUUCCAUUUGAGAAAAAUAAUACAAUUCCACAGAAGUAGAUUGGAAGAUUCUCUAAUUUGUAAUGUCAUUCACCUUUUUUGAAGUUUUAUGUCUCUCUGGUGCUAAGAGUUGGCACUUUAUGGCCUGGUGUCUUUACUCUUAAUUUGAGAGAACCUAUUGCUAUUCCCUGGGAAACAUACUUGAAAAUAAGUCAACUGUUUUUUUUCUAGUGGUAGUAUAAUCAUCGUAUUGUUCAAAUGCUGAAAAAUACAUCCUGUGUGGGUUUACGCACACAUGUGCUCUUAGUUCAGAUGCUAAAAGUAACUUUUAUUUAUUCUAUUAGAUGUUAGUAGUCAAUUUUUCAAUUUUGUCCUACUAGGAAAUCUUCAGCUUGGGUAGUUUACCCAGUGUGAAGAAGAUAUAAUAGGUUUAUUCACAUCAUAGUUCUUAGGUACUACAUUCUACAGUUUAUAUAUAACUUCCAUUUAUAAUUAAGAACCAUCACUUACUUGGAUGUCUUUCAUUACUAGUACUAGUAGUUGGCUUUCUUUUUAGAUCCAUUUUUCACAAGGAAGCAAAGUUUUAUCACUUAAUGAGAGUUUAUUAUAUUCAUAGAAGCUGUGUUGAGAUUCAAAUGCUAAGUGGUCAGCUAGGCCCACUCAUCAUUUCAUUCCCCCAUCUCAGUUUACUCACAUUUCAAAUUUAUAAAUUACUUCAUGUAAUACUAUCAAUUUAGGUUUGCCCCAAAAUAAUUGAAAUAAUGAAUGCUAAACCUGUCAAUAUUUCCCAGUAACCGUAAGCACUAUACUGCAUGGGAGAGACACGUCAUUAGAAAGAGUUUUUUGUUAGUGCUUUGUGUGGUGUAACCUUUUUUUUGUACAGCCAUAAAGAAUUAACUCCAAAUAAAACAACAGAUUUUCUCCAAGAUAUCCUAAGAUCCCAGUAAUACCAAAGGACUUUGCCUAAAAUGGUAGGCUGUAAUGAAUCGGUAUAUGUCAUUUUUGGAUUUGUCAAAUUUCUAUACAGGAUCCUGCAAACAAUUUCCACCUGAAGUGUGGACGUUUUUAUCUCAUUUCCUAAGAGUAUGUAAACUUUUAAUCUAGCCAUUUGCCUUGCAGUAUAUGCCCUAAGUGCCACUCUGUGUUCCACAGUUCCAUUCAGGAGGCAGGUACCCUAUACCAUUGGUCAGCUGCCAUGGCCAGUUUUCAGUGAAAAUCUUAAGGUAAUCAAAUGGCCCAUUAAACUAUAACAUGGUGUCCCUUUAUUUGCUUUAUGUUCCUUUAAUAGAGUUGUUUGUAAAGUUCUUUACAUCUCAGAUAUCAGGAUAAAUCUAAAUGUUAAGUUUUCCCCCUGGCAAAUCAAAAGCUUGAAGCAUGAGCCUCAAGAGUUCUCAGCACCCUAUAUAAUAUGAAUUCUAGCUGGUGUUAAUACUAUGAAAAUAGUGUGUAGUUAGAAAAUUGAAGGGGAGAAGGAAUGUUCUUGACUUUGGUCUGAGUGGGUAUGAAAGUUUAUUCUUCAGUGGAUGAUGGAACUUGACUGGUGUGCAAAAUUUUAGUACAAACUUAUCUUUUCUAAUAAAAAUCUCAUUUUGAGAAUAUCAGCUAAUUUUACUCAGUAAUGAGUCUAAUUAUUAGGAAGUGCAAGGGUUUAUUUUUCACUUACAUAGCAACCUGUCAGGUACACAGGAUUUUUCAUAAAUACUCUCUAAUUAUCACAUUGUAGUUUGGAUAAGUAUAAAUAGUUGUUUCUGAAAUGGUUUUAGAGGUUUCCUCAUGGUUAGAAAUCAUAAGUUACGUGAUUACAAGUCAAAGUAUAAAAUUAAAACUGUUUGGAAAUAUCUUGGAAAAA